UUAACAUCGCCGCGGUCAACCCUCUCUAAGGCAGUAAUGUCUCAACGCUCUUUCACGCCGAGCUGUUUCCUGUUGUUCUCGUUAUGAGGCCCAUGAUCAUGAGUUUCACAUCCUGAGCACACAAGACCAUCCUGUUCCAACUUUACCAGCCUGCUGUGCUUGUGGCUUCCCUGCAGUUUGACGGACCCUUUUUGUGAGGUGCUAAGACAAGUUUACUCGCCUUGUUUCAGUCUGUAGAAGAAGAGGCAAAAAAAUGGGGCAGAAAAGAAAAAUGCUUCUUGCUGCAAUAAUUUUUACAGCGGUCUGUUACAAAGUGACUGCACAGGAAACAAGACUACUGGAUGUCCAAAACACCACAAAUGUUGUGGAUGAUCUGUACUAUGGAUGCCGUGAAGAGGCCAUGAAGAAGUUCAUCGAGUCAGACGUGUUAAAACAAGAACUAAAUAACAGUGAAGGAUUUCAGAAAGCGUGGAAUAAAAGUAUCGAGUGUUCAAAGCAGAUCCCAAGAGGAAGAAAAGAGCAUACUGCUGCACUUUCAGUCUAUCUUAAUAGGAAUAAAUUGUUCAUGCAAACACUGAACAAAGCAAUAGAGACAAUGGGUGGAAAUGUUAGCAUCUAUGAAAACCACUUCCCCUUCAAGUCUCUUCAUUUCCUGCUGAUGGACUCCAUGAGGCUGCUGAAGCCACAGGAGUGCAAGAACUUUUAUGUUUUUCAAGAUGGUCAAACCCAACCACAGAAAGGCUCCACAGUGAGAUUUACAAGUUUCACCUUAGCUUAUUCAGACUAUGAAGAGCUAAAGAGCUUUGAAGAUGUCACUGAGAAGACGAUUUUAUAUCUCACUUCUUGUUUCUUUGUCAACCUGAAAGACUAUGUGUGCGGUCAAGACAAGGAUGAAAUACUCUUAUCUCCAGCAGAAGUUUUCACUGUGGAACAAGUGGAAAGAAAAAAGAUUGUUUUGAAACAGUCGGGACUGAAAAGCUCCCACAACUGUUACAUCUUUUCACGGAUGUCAGUAGGGCAAGAGACUACCACAGCUGUUGCAGAGCGAAACAGGUCUCCUCCAGCUGUUGUCUCCACCCUGUGGCUUGUAUCAGUGCUUGCAGCCUUACCUUCUGUUUCUUUAGCUGUUUAGCAAAAACAGUUAUCAUUCAGUGUUUUCUGAGUUUUAUCAUCUACAAUAUUGCUUUGAUUAUUCAUACACUUUUUUUUUAGGUCUUUAUUUGGCAGCUUGUGGUGAAUAAGGUAUUGCAGUAUUGGGUCAAAAUAUAGUCAAAUACAGUUUUCUGCUUCUGUCAUAUAUUAUGAAUUAUAAACUCAGUUCUUAUUUUCUUUAUGCACGUUAGAAAAAUGUACGGCAUACUUGAAAUAUAUAUCAACAUUGGAAAUACAAUAAUUCUUUAAUGCAAUUCUGGAAAAAUUAUUGUAUAUUAUGUAUAAUAUAUGUAUAUUACAACAUAAUUGACUUUCAGGAAAAUUGUGACGUAUGAUUCACAGUUGUGAAAAAGAAAAAUUUCACAGGACUAAACUAAAUACGCCCUUACUGAUUAGGGUAAGUAGCAUUCACGUACUGCCAUCUCUAUAAAACACUUUUUGGCACGGGAGCAUUCAGCUUUGUGUUAACUCAAUGCUAUAAUCUUUCCAUGUCUGGUCUUCCCAGUAAAAUCACAAAAAGCCUAAAGAGUUGCAUUUUAGACUCUACAGGCCUCAGUUAACAUGUCAAAUAUUAAACUUUAGGACAAUUAGAAAAACUCUGAACAGGUAUGACUUGUUUGAAGGUUUUGCCAGGAUAAAGCUUCUUCUAUCUAAAAACAUCAUGAAGCACAGCUUAGAUUUGCAAAGUUGCUUUGGUUUGUUUUGUAGUCACAGGACCUGGGAACCUUGCAGUCACUGAGUGGACCAUCAACUCAUCUUUAUACUAAAAUAUUCUAGAGUCAAAUGUGAGGCCAUCUGCCUGACAUCUGAAGUUUGACUCAAACUUGCUCAUGCAACAGGACAAUGAUCUCAAGCACAGCAGCAAAUCUGCAACAUAAUGGCUGAGUAAGAAAGGAAUGAAGGUGUUGCAUUGAGACCAGUCAAAGUCCAGACCACAAUCUAACUGAAAUGCUGAGCUGUUAAGAGAGCUGUGCAUGAACAAAUGUUUGCACCCCUCAAGAAACUGAAGCAACUUCCAAAAUUUCUUCACAAUGAUGUGACAGACUGACAAAGUCAUACAUGGAAUGAUUAUAUCAAGCUACUGCUGCUAAAGGUGUUUGUACAAGCUACUGAAUCAUGGGUACUUAGGUUUUUCGGUUUUCUUUAGUUUUUAUUACUUGGUAUUAUUGUAGGGAUUUUUCUUACAAUAUAAAGCAACUCUAGUUGUUGUGGUUUGGUGCCACAUAAAUAAAAUUUUAUUCAAACUGAAUUGGUUUUUUGUGUGUCCCAAUGUAUGUGCCCAAAGUAUAAAUGAACUGCCAUUGUUAAAGUUCCAUAUAUACUCUGUGUUAAUACAUUUGCUUUCACUGGAGGUUUUACAAAACUGAAACUUCUCACAUGAUCAUUUUGUUUGUUUACACAACUAAGCCCACUUCGUUCAUGUUACUAAAUAAAAUAACUAAAAUGAAUAAUUUUGUAUAAUUUGCUACAAAUAGUCAGACUUAUGAACUUUAAUUACAUUCAUGCAAAUUAAUUGUUGCUGUGGGUCAAAUAUUUGUGCAUGUUUGUUGAGGUAUUUCCCCACUUUGUUGUGAUCAGUGUUACUCAAAAAAGUAAUUACUGACUCAUAAUCAGCAUUUCACAAUAUAACCUGAGGCUACAGGCCCACAGACCAACACAAAUCCCUAAUCAGGACACACGUCUCUAACAUCUUUCUCUUAGUAGAAUACAAAGCUGACAUACAAAAAAAAGAAAACCAACAAAAAAAGGGAUUCUGCUUUAGAAAUGUGAACAGGUAGAAAGCGAAGCUGCAGCCUAACUGCUCAUCUUCUUGUUACCUGUUGGGGUUGUCAGUCACUCAGCUUUCACUGUGGGUCUUGGCUAGCUUAGCAUUAACAUGCUAUCUUGGCAGAUGCUUGCAAAGUACCGAAGUUAGAGUUAGCAGCAUAAUGCAGCUGUUUCUGUCCUGGAUGCAGUUUUGCACUUUGCCAUUUAUCUUGUCUUUUUGUGCAAUAAAAAUAAAGUAAAUGUCCAUAUCCACA